GGGAGCUUGCAGCACUGAUUUCUGCUUGCAGCAUCCCAAGAGCAGCCUCUGUUUGUGUCAAACACAAGAAAGGCCAAAACAGCGGGAGUGGAUCCAAGCAGGCAAUCGAAGAAGUGGAAGGGGGAAUCUCUUGGGUGGGUGGGGGGCACGCCCGUCGGGCUAGGGUUACUUUGGUGUGUGGAGUUCAUUCUCAAAGAAAAUGGAUGUUGUGUCAGUGUAAACAGCCUCUGCAUUGCUGAAGGGGGGGAAGCAGAAGAGGAGCAGGGACAAGCACUGGAGCAAAUGUUUCCUCUUCCAGUUCCUUUCUUCCUGCCUGUAGCUUCUGCUGUUCUUCACCUCUUAUAGCAUGCAUGUUGUAUGUUAAGAUUCCUCCUGAACGUUUGCUCCCCACAUCCUGCUCGAAAACCACAACCGUGCUGCCACUACCAGCCAUGGCAUGAAUAAAAAUGAAAAUGUCCCAAACUAGUGGGAGGAUGCCUGCGUCGACCAUGAGACCCACUAGAAACUAAGCAACGUCGUAAAAUCCACACCAAGACUAAAAACACACCCUUCACCUAAGUAAGAACACGCCUGACCAUGGCUGUGAAUGUGGCACAAACAACUGCAAGUUUUCUCCCCACAACCGCCACCUCAACCGCCACAAUGGACCCUUUGCUCUUAACAGUCACGGGAGCCAGAGAAAACAGCACAUCAAGAACAUUUAUGUCCGUCACUAUAGCAAUGAACGAGACCAGCUUCAAUGCCACCACGUUCCCCGACGAGACGAUGGAGGGGUCAAGAGCUGGGAUGUUGCUGGUGCCCUUUGGCAUCAUCGUGGUCAUCAGCUUAGCUGUGGCGAUAAUGCUGUAUAUCCGAAAACGAAAGCGGUUAGAGAAGUUAAGACACCAGCUGAUGCCGAUGUACAACUUUGACCCGGCUGAGGAACAGGACGACCUGCUGGAACAGGAACUACUGGAUCACGGACGGGAAGGCAGCCUCGCAGGUCCCAACGCCAAGACCCUCACAACCUCCCAGGGGACGACGCAGCGACCCAGUCGUCUGGUCUUCACAGAUGUAGCUAAAGCUCUCAAUGCUUAACAGCCCUCUUCCACCGGCUGAACUCGGCUUGUGAGGGUCGCCGGCUAAAAUCAGACACAGACUGUUGCCCAGGAAGGAAAAAAAUAAUAAAAGGGGGCAGGAAACCAGACUGUUAGAGGCUUGAAUAAAUGAAGUGUAGGAGCAACAGGAAGCAUCACAAAGGAUCUUGCACUGUAUCACUUGGGCACAAAUUAAAACGUGCACAUUUGUUUUGUUCUUAAAUUCAUCUCAGAAGUUUGGUAGCUUGUCAGGACGUUACGUUUCACAAGAUUAAUCUGUAAAUCUGUGUUCUAGUGAUUUUUGUGGUCUUACAACUCUGGCAAACUGGUAUGUCGCACAUCUUCAAAUUGUGUUCCUGUCCAUUUUUCUCCUUUGAACAGUGAAGAGUAUUGUUUCCAUCUGAAUGCAAUAAAAUUGUUAAAAAAAAAAACAUAUGAAACACAAUACAAAAAAAGAGCUGGUAAGUGUGAUAUUUUAUUGAUAAGCGAUAAAGAGGUAAAAGUAACACAAAUCACAACACAAAGAAUCAUAACAAAAUAUAUAUCACAGGUUUUGUGAGUUGUAUUAAAGAAAGUGGAUGAGGAGGACACAACAAUAACAUGACUAUAGACUUGUGUUAAAAAGCAAGGCAUACAAAGAUAAUUUCUCAAGUUACAAUUCAACUUUUUUCUUUAAUAGUUGAAAAUAGAUCAAGUACUGUAUGUAACUAUAUGACUAGCAGUAAGAUCACAGAACAACACUGUCCCCAAACAGAGAGUAAAUAUCCAAACACAGCUUGUGUAAAACGGACUCAGUUUGAACGGAGAGCCACCUUUCAGGCUGACUCGUUCACUCAUGGUCACAUGGAUGUAGUGAGAUGACAUGUUUGGACUACUGCAGUACAAGUUUGACAGUUAUUUCAAGAUUUYGUGAUACCCCGCCAAAACACCCAGAGGCCCCGGUGGAAGCCACCUUUGACCAUAAGUGACCAAAAGCCCCCCCCCACCCCACCCUAGAGAUGACCCAGGCUUGGUGGUUUACAGAGGUAGUCCUGGGGACAARUAGGUAAAAGUCAACACAACAUUGAAAUAAAAACUGUAAUCUGGCAGCAGAUCAGUCAACAAUGCUGAAAUACACGAAAUCACUGAAAUACAACACACUGGUGAGAUCAGGCAAUAAGACACUUAAAUAGAACGUAAAUGAUGAGCGAUAUUCAAGUAAAGAGCAACUUAAAAGAGACGCAGAGGUCACCAUGCAGACUGUGAAACAUAAAAAAAAAACUUGGACGUUGACGUGUUUUCAGUAACUAUUUCAAGUUGUCAGUGUAAGUGCAGAAAUCCAAAACAGAAAGAUUUACACAUCAUUUUUGCAAAACAUGCGACAAGCCAAUUUACCAUAUAAUAGGCAGGAUAUUCAAAGCAAAUAUCAGCAACUUAGAUUUUUCUUGUUAAAAUAAACAUUUCAGCYAUCAAGACUGCCACCUAUCUACAUCCAACAUUUCAGAUAUAACAAAUAUUCUUUUUAUUUAGGUGUAUUUGAGCUUUCAGCUCAAGAAUCUGUAAAAACACCCUYUCUGUAACGAACACUGUGGAUAUUUUAAAUAGAUUUCUCACUAGAAAAAAACUCCAUCUUCAGAUAUUUACAGUAGUCGUUACUAAUAAGUUUCAUUUUAGAUUUCUAUAAUGCAAAGAAAGGUAUUUGCUGAUAAAGUCAUUGUUGAUUACAAAUACUAUGACUAGAUUUCUAAAAGGGUAACAUUUUAAACCAAAACAAAAAGGUGACAUUAAAAUUAGGACAUUAGAUUUGUAAAAUGUGAUUCCCCCCGCAAAAAAAAAUUAACAAUUUUUGUACUAAAUUAGAAAAUUUGGAGCUAAAAAUAUAAUCUUUGAGAAUGUGACACUUGAGAUGUCUGAAAUAUAUUAUCCCAGAUAGGAGGAAAUGUUGUUUUUGAAUCAGAAGAACUGAUUUAAUUCCUAUACAUAUCCAUUAGUUGUUAAAACAGACCAUUACACUUUCUAGGUUUCUUAAAACUAGUUUUUUUAUACUGUGGUCACCUUUAGAUAUAUUUUCCACCAGUUGGAAAUAUUUGUGGUUUAAUUAUAUGUAACAACAGCCUGCCUUAGAUUUUACGUUCCRUUAUCAGUCUGAGAAACUCAUCUGUGUGCUGCUUCCAUCUGGUUUUAUUACACGCAUGUUGGCAGAUUUAUCCCGAGUGAACAGCUCUGCCUCAGUUUAUGUUAGUACCACGCGCCUCAACCUGCUUCUCAAGUGAACACUUGUGAUUCCCCACUUGGUAUGCAAGACCAUGUGCAGCCUAAGUCACAUACAGUCAGCUGUGGUGAGAAACAAACAGCACUCAGUGAUCGGACCUAAACGCAUCUUCAGCAUGUCCCGAGGGCGUUUACAGCUGCGACGCGAUCGCCAAGAUUGUAAAGGUGUUAAYGUGGUUAACUGUGGAUCUGAAACUCUUGAGUUUAAAAAAAAUAUUCGUUUUCACAAUGAAGUGUUCUGUCGAGUCAACAUCUGUAUCCAAUAGGCCAUUAGCAUAGUGAAGAAAAUUAAGAAACAGUUUUAAUAUCCCCAUAUCAGUAGGUCAGUAACUUCAGAGGCAACGGCUYCCUUUUAUGAAAACAAAGCAUUACAUUUUAUUUCUGUAAAGAGAAGUUUCCCAACAUUACGCAGGCCACGACAUUUCUGUUAAUUAUCACAGAAGCCCACAAAUGUUAUUUAUAAAAUAAUUUAUGGUCAGUUUUGCUUUGAGCUACAGUAAGUGCAAAGACUGAAACCAUCUAUAAGUAAUUUUCUUUAAUAACAAAAUGUGUGGAACACCUGUCUUUUCAGUUUUUGGCUUUUUUAUGACUAAACAAACAUUCUGGUUACAGAAAGUUAAGAUUAGAAUCAAUUUAAAUUUAAAGGCCAUGCAUGCCAGUGUUUUAAACCCCUGUGCUUAAAGCAUGUGUUGGGGUUGACUCUCAGCUACUGCCACACUAAAUUUUAGCUCACCAUCCGUAAAGCUGACUAACGUAUAGCCAUUUUUGUGUUUGCUAAGGUUGACAAAUUGUGGCGGCCAUCUUGAACCCAGUUGACUUCGAAACUUAAUCAGCUGUAGRUGUACAUCUAAUGAUUUCUUUGUGAGCGUUUCGUGAAAAUCUGUCAACUAAUUCAGAAGAUAUUUCACUAACAGACACAUGCGCACACAAAAAUGCAGGCAGAUGCACUAUUUAAUGGCAGCUGGCAAUAACCAACUUUCAAACAAGAUCACCGUUUUCCACUUUCUCCCAUCUACAAAUGAUGUUCUGAUUAUAUCUUUGUGUUUUGAGGAUUUCUGCUUUACAGUAAAAAACAGCAAGAUUUCUUUUUUUUUUACUUACAUCAUCUCUAAUAGACGGUGAAAUGAGUUUCACCUGAAACAGUACUCUAUCAUGGAAGCAUUUGUUUUCUAAAAAGAAAAAAAAUAGCUCUGAUGGAAAAUAAUGAGUAAUGUUCUGCAACACGAAUGAGUAUURUUCACAUUACUGAGCCAACGUUAAGUUUCAGUGGUAAAUCAAAUGAUCCGUUAAAGCAAAACUGCAAAAUUCAAAAGACAGAAACAAAUUCAUUCAAUCAAUCAAAAACAAAGAAAGACAAAAUGAAACAGAUGAGCAAUGAAAAACACACCAUCAGUUCGGUACAAUC